GUUUCAUAGUCAAUUGUUGUGAGAUUCAUAAUCCACGGCCGCCAUAAAGAAACACAACUUUAAACCAUGUCUUCUCGCAAAACGAUUGCGUUGGUCACAGGAGCAAAUAAGGGCAUCGGCUUUGGCAUUGUCCGAGCUCUUUGCAAAGAAUUUGGAGAAAGGGGCGUGGUCUAUCUAGCAAGCAGGGAUGAGGGGCGUGGUGAGAAGGCGGUCCAGGAGCUCAAAGGGGAGGGGCUUAACCCAAGAUGUAUUCAACUGGACAUCUGUAAUAACGACCAUAUUUCAAAGGUUGCUGACUACUUCCGGGAUACUUAUGGAGGCCUGGAUAUUUUGGUGAACAAUGCUGGCAUCGCCUUUAAGGCUGCUGCGACAGAACCAGAUAGCAUUCAGGCACCCGUUACCGUAGAAACCAAUGUGUUCGCCACGCUUCGGCUGUGUCGAGCUCUCAUCCCGCUCAUUCGAUCUCACGGCAGAGUUGUGACUGUGGCCAGUCAGGCUGGAUCAUCGAUCUAUGGGAGACUUGGUCCAGAUUUACAGAAACGAUUCAAAACCGUGACGUCAGAACAGGGCGUCAUUGAUCUUAUGAAUGAAUUUAUCAGUGCUGCUAAAGAAGAGAAGAAAAAGGAGCUUGGCUGGGGCUCGUCUAACUAUGGAGUGAGCAAGCUGGGUGUGAUAGCCCUUACCAGAAUCCAGGGACAAGACAUAAUCAAGGACUCAAGCAGGGAAGAUAUCCUCAUCAACUCUUGUUGCCCCGGCUACGUGGAUACGGACAUGUCCAGUCACAAGGGACCGCUGACCAUUGACCAGGGUGCAGUCACACCAGUCUAUCUUGCUCUGUUACCCGGGGGAUGUUCACACCAGGGACUAUUCUUCUACCAGAAAGCUGUAAAGGACUUCUGGUAGAUGUGUGGCGACGGGGGAUCCGAUGGAUGUCUCUAGAGAUUAGGGAAGUGGGUGUAAACAUUGUAGAAAAAGGUGCCCAAACUUUGAUGUAUACCGGUCUUUUUGGCUGAUGCUGCAUGGAAUUUCUCCCAAUAAUGAUAACAUACAAAUAAUAAACAGCAGUGAGGGCAUUAGUAAGAAUUACCCACACAAGGUAUCUUUUGAAGGUACCGAGCGUGGGUUUAUAUGCCCAAACAAAGUGAUGUGUAUUAGUUGUUUUAUAAGAUGAUGUUUUAUUUGUUUUAUAAAAUGAUGUUUUGUAACAUGAUUUUACUAAUGACUAGUCAUAAGUAUUUACUAAUGACCAGUCAUUAGUAAAAUUACGUGUUAGGCAAAAUAAAUACCUGGUUACGUAUACACUCUAAACCAAUCGUUUGAUUAGGAUCCGCUUUAUCAUCUUAUAAUAGUGUCUAAUCCAGUGCAUAGAAAGCGCUUUGAUAUGCCAACCAUGGGUCAGCAUUAGAGUUAGAAUAUAUAAACAAAUUACCAAGCAGUCACAGUGUGUGUUCAAUGAGGGUAUAUAGUUCAAAAAUAGAUAUGUCUUCACACUGUGUUUGAAGUGUUCUUCUGUUGGCGAUUAUUCCAUUUGAGGAGGGAGCCUCUUCUGGGCGGUGUUUCACAAAGAUCCUAAGUUGAACUUAACUCUAAGUUGGACUUAAAAAUUAUGGAGAGCCAUUUGUAGCCUUAGAAUUAAAUAUU